CUGGAACUGAAAUCCUGACACGGUUAAGAGAGUUACCUUCUCAAUAUCACUGUGCUUGUUUCGUACAAAAUUUUGUUAUCAUGCUUUUACAAUCAUGUCAAUAUCAUUAGAAUAAGUAAAAACUUUUUUUAAUUGUUGAUAUUAGAUAUUGAAAAGAGGAAAAGAUAAAGAAUGUAUAAAAGAGUGAGAGUGUGAGGAAGAGGAAGCUAAGAUCUGAGAGGAUGAUGAAUGGCUUACAGUGUCCUCACCAGGGGCUGUCAUGGAGAUGGAAACAACGUGGUUUCCCAGUUACAACCAUUAAAAUGGAGACUUCCACGCUAACCAAACAAGGACAACGAUUUCUGACCAAGCUAACCACCUCCGCCGCCGCCACCGACAACCUCAUCCGAAGAUUCGUCCAAGGUUCUCCCAAAUCUGUUGUUCUCACCACUCUCUCACACCUCCUCUCUCCCUCCACCUCCUACCCACAACUCUCUUCCCUCGCGCUCCCCCUCUACGGAAGAGCGAGCCAAGCCCCGUGGUUCACCUGGAACUCCACCACCGUCGCCGAGCUCGCCGCGCACCUCCACAAACUCGGCCACCAGGCCCAAUCCGAAGCCCUGGUUUCCGAGGCCAUUUCCAAGCUACAAUCUCGCAAACGCGAACUCGUUGUCUUCUACGGCAAACUGGCGGAAGCAUACUCGAAACGAAAAUCCGAAACCGGCUUCGACGUGGCUUACAGUUACCUCAACAACCUUCUCCGCACAUCCGAAUCGGUGCACGUGAAACGCAGGGCCUACGAGUACAUGGUGAGUGGGCUGUGUUCCAUGGACAGGCCGCGUGAGGCAGAGGAUUUAGUUAUUGGGCCUGCGGCUGGGCUCGGGCUUAAACCCUCGGGCUUUGAAUUGAAGUCAAUUGUGUACGGAUACGGAAGGGUGGGGUUGUUUGAGGAUAUGCGGAGGGUUGUGGAGGAAAUGGAGAAGAGAGGGUUUGUGGUUGACACGGUAUGUUGCAACAUGGUUGUUUCGGCUUACGGGGUUCACGGGGAGCACGUGGAAAUGGUGACGUGGCUUCGGAGGAUGAGGGAUUCAGGGGUUCCGUUUUCCGUGAGGACUUACAACUCCGUUUCGAAUUGUUGCCCGGAGGUUUUGAGAAUGGUGGGGGGGUUGAGCGAAUUGGCGUUGUCGAUGGAGGAAUUGAAUGAGGGUUUGGAAGGAGGGGAGGGAAUGGUGGUGAGGGAGUUGAUGGGGUGUAGUGGGAUUUUGGAGGAGGUGAUGGUGUGGGAGGCGUUGGAGGUGAAGCUGGAUCUGCAUGGGUUUCACGUGGGUGGGGCUUAUUUGGUGGUUUUGGUUUGGUUGGAGGAGAUGUGGAGAAGGUUGAAUGGGUUGAAUUGUGGGGUACCGGCGGAAGUUACGGUGGUUUGUGGGUUGGGAAAUCACAGCAGUGUUCGAGGGGAAUCGAAGGUGAGGGUGCUGGUGCAGAAGAUGAUGGUGAAAAUGGGAAGUCCGUUGAAGGUUGAUAGGAAGAACAACGGGUGCUUUAUUGCAAAAGGAAAAGCUGUUCAAAAUUGGUUGUGUGAAAUGAGGAAGGCACCUCUGAGUGGGUCUGCUUCACAGUGAAUGUUAUGAGUUUAGGGUUAUGUGAAGUAAAAUAGGAAACCUUAAAUGGUGGUCAUUUUACUGUCUUUGUUAUUGAAGGAGGUUAACCCUUUUCAUUCAAGAAGAAACUGUGAAUUAGGACAGAUAAUGCAUGCACAUUGAAAAAUGAUUAGAGUGAUAUUUAGGAAGGCAUGAUGAAGAGCAAAUUUUGUUUAGUGGGAUAGGUAACGCAUGGCAUACAUUCAGAGGAUGAGAAACAGAUCUACAUUGAUCCAUGGGGUCUUGUCCAUGAUUUUUUUGUUCUUCAAAAAUUUGUUAUAUAACGUAUUUAAUAUCUAAUAUAAUAAUAUAAUUUCAAAUUUUGUUAUUUAAUUUUUGUGCCUAGGAGAACUUAGAUGAAAAAAAUAAAAUAAAAAAUAAUUUAAAGACUCAUCUGUAACCAUUUUAGUGUGUUUCAUCACCUAUGAGACUCAUUUGUAUAUAUUUUGUUAAGAGAUCCACUGGAAAGGAGAUUUAAAUGCUUAACCUACCUAUGAGACUCAUUUCGAGCUGGUGCUGUUCCUUGUAAUGAAAAGGCGGUCAACUGGUUUUUAACUUGGAAACCCACCCGCCAAGGUGAAUUUUCUUAAAUACAAGUUCUUAACUGGAAACAUAAAUUGAAAAAAAUAUCACAUCAUUCAUUCACUAUACAUGCCUGUAGACAUUUAAAGUAUUCUUACCGUUGUCACAUUUGCUUGCCUUGCAGAGAAAGAGCUAGAAGAGAACCCUGCCAAACUGAAACAAUACGUGUUAAAAAAGCUUGAGAACACGCCAAGUGAUGUUAGAGCUUUGGUCGAAAAAACGGAAGUAGAUGGUUUUUUAUCAUCUCCAUUGCGAUAUAGACAUCCCUGGGAUCUGAUGUUGGGGAACAUUAGUAAGGGCAAUGUUUUUGUUGGUGGAGAUGCUUUCCACCCUAUGACUCCUCCUGACCUUGGGCAGGGAGGAUGUUGUGCUUUAGAGGAUGGGAUCAUUAUGGCCAGAUGCUUAGCUGAGGCCUUUUUCCAAAGAACCAGGAAGAGGUAUCAAAGAGAAAGACGAAGAGGUGCAUUAUGGAAAGCUUGAAGAAAUAUGCGGACGGAGAAACAUUGAUGUCACUGCAACAGCUUAUAUGGUGGGUUCUAUUCGGCAGGCUGAGUCCAAAUUCGUUACUUUUUUUAGGGAAAACAUCUUGGCCACAUUCUUAGCUAGUCAAUAUUUUAAGAAGUCAGGUUAGGAUUGUGGAAAAUUAAAUAGCUCCUAGCGGUGCAAUUAUCUUGUAAAAUGAUUGGUAGCGGGGAACUUGAUAGAUGAGUAACUUUUUUAUAAAUACAAAAAGUUUAUUUUCUU